GUACGUUACUUGUAUUGGUAAUUGCAUAUGUAUAUCUUUAUGGAUCCCAUUUUCGAAGUAAUCAAGAAGCAGUAUAUGUUUUCCGAAAUGAGAAAUUGAAUCACAUAAUAAAUGGCAAGUCGAUACCGGAUUCUAAGCAAGAAUAUCAUUAUGAUCCCAUGAAGACAGGGCACCAAAAGCUAAGUGGGAACUCAUACUUGAUGAAUCCGUUCCCCCAUUUGAACAAAAAUCAAAUUGGUACUGAAAAUGCAACCAUGGUGAUGUUAGUUAGAAAUAGCGAGUUAGAAGGCGCAUUACAAUCAAUGAGAUCUUUAGAAGAUCGUUUCAAUAGACAUUAUAAAUACCCGUAUGUUUUCUUGAAUGAAGUUCCAUUCAGUGAUGAGUUUAAAGAAAGAACAAGCUUAAUGGCAAGCGGCGAAACCUACUAUGAAUUAAUACCGGAAAAAGACUGGCUUCCUCCACCACAUAUCGACGAAGAUAAAUUGAAUCAAAAUAUAGAAAAAUCUCAAGAUAUCAUCUAUGGCUGGUCCAAAUCCUAUCGUAACAUGUGUCAUUUCAAUUCUGGAUUUUUUUAUAAACAAAAAAUUUUAGAUAAUUAUGAUUAUUACUUUCGUAUUGAACCAGAUGUGGAGUAUAUGUGUGAUUUCCAAUAUGAUCCUUUCACGUUCUUAAGAGAAAAUAAUAAAGAUUACGGGUUUGUAAUCGCUAUUCAUGAAUAUGAAAAUACUAUACCUACUCUUUGGGAAACGGUUAAAAAUUUCACCAAAGAUUAUCCUGACUUAAUCCACCCAAAUAAUUCACUUGAUUUCAUAACGACAAAAGAGGUCGACAUCAACUACGGUUUUAACAUCAGUGAUAACGACUCGGAAUAUAAUCUUUGUCAUUUCUGGUCAAAUUUCGAAAUUGGUAAUUUGAAUUUCUUCAGAAGUGAUGCUUAUAAUACUUAUUUUAAUUAUCUUGAUCAAGCUGGGGGUUUCUUCUAUGAACGUUGGGGGGACGCUCCAGUUCACUCAAUAGGCCUCAAUCUACUAAUGGACAAAAACCGCAUCCAUCAUUUCGAAGAUAUCGGGUAUUAUCACGUUCCUUACCUAGCAUGUCCUACUUCAAUCGAUGUUAAAACUUCAAAAAGAUGUUUUUGCAAAACUAGAGGUCUUGAUCACGAUGUUUUGACAACCCCAAUCGACGCCGAGCCUUUCAGUUGCUUGGCCAGAUGGUGGAGAUAUGGCAGUGGUAAGAAAUUCCUCAAUGAAAUCGACUAUACCUUCAGUCAUUGACCUUUAUCAUUUUUUGCAGUAUAUAUUUAAUAGACGAUCGUGUACCGAC